AUUAUAUGACUACUAAAUAAGCAAUCAAUGGACUCCGACAGGCCACCACCACAUCGGACCACCUCCACUUCUUCCACCACCACCACCACCAGCGACCUCUUCAUCUGCUUCACCUCUCGCCACCACCAUUCCUCCUCCUCCUCCACCUCCUCCAUGAAGAUCUCAUCCAAAUCAAUCUUGAGUCCUGGUAGACACACCAGCCGUGACCCACCGAUCUCCUUAUCCACCUCCCUCAGCCGGAGACUCAGAACCAGCCGCAGCAUCAAAGGCGGUGCAUCUCCGGCCAUGUUUCCCACCUCCGGCAAGAAAAAAGGCGGCGGUUUCGAAAACCCAGAACCCUCUUCCCCUAAAGUCACUUGCAUUGGUCAAGUUAGGGUGAAAAGCAAGAAGAAACAAGGCAAAAGAUUGAGAACUUUAUCAAGAAGACACAGCACCGGCGAUGUUAGUUUCAGAAAACUCGAUCAUAAUCACCAUUCCCGUGAUGGGUUCAGUAAAAGUCAGAAUCUUGGAUCAAAUUUUCAACAGGGUUGUAAUAGUUUCGGUAGUAAUCAAGAAAACUUGCCGGAAAAGCUCCAUAACCCGAGAUGGGUUCAUCUGCCAUUAACGAUUUGUGAAGCUUUAAGAGCAUUGGGGUCUGAGUUCAGCUGUUUGUUUCCUUGCCGGUCUUCUUGUUUUUCUCCGGCGACGGAGAGGGAGAAAGAAGAGAAAACGGAUCAGCGGCAAGGUUCUGGUUCUGGGUCUUGCGCUGCGGUGUUUACACGGUGGUUGGUGGCGUUUCAGGACGGAGAUGAUGGUGGUGGUAGAGGUGGUCGGAGAGAGAUUGAACUGGUGGUCGGAGGAGACGAUGAUGAUGAAGGUGAUGAUGAGAUUAGAAGCAUUAGGACUUCAAGAAGACAUGUUUUUGAUGAUUUAGAGAUCGUAAAUGAUCGAAUUGAAGGGUGUUAUAAAGAUGAAGCAAGAUUGAGUAUUUGCAUUCCACCAAAGAAUGCUUUGUUGUUGAUGAGAUGUAGAUCUGAUCCAUUAAAAAUGGAAGCUCUUGCAAAUCGAUUAUGGGAACCAACAAUUGACGAUUAUGAAGAAGAAGAAGAUGAAGAUGAAUAUCACAUCCCACUAAAAACAGAAGCUUUUGAUCAAGAACAUGAAGCUAAUCAAGAAACAAUCUUGAAACGAAGUCUUCAAGAAGAAGAUCAAGAAACCCACAACGAAUAUCAAGAAACCCACGAAGAAGAUCAAGAAAUUACAUUUUUUGGGUCAUUAUUUGAUGAACUUGUGGAUCAAGAUCAAGAAAGUGAUGAAAUGGAGGAUGCUAAGGAAGAACUAUUUGAAGAAGAAAUUCAAGAAACUGAAAUGGAAUCAAAGAUUGAAAAAGUCAAAGGUUUUGAGGAAGAGGUAACCCAAUUUGGAGAUAGAUCUGAAACGGUUGACGAGUCAAAGGAGAGAGAGGCCGGAGUUUUAGAGAGAGAAGGGUUGCCGGAAUGUUUAUUGUUGAUGAUGUGUGAGCCCAAGUUGUCAAUGGAGGUUUCAAAGGAGACAUGGGUAUCCAGUAAGGACUUCGUCCGGCGGCAUUCAAGUCGCAAAAAGCCUCCAGCACCACCGCAACUGCAACCGCCGAUCAAACCAACCAACGGUCAAAAUGAGUCAAAGGUCAGUUCUACCACCACCACUAAAGGUCUUGCAAGUACUACUAAAUAUCAAAAUCAUGUCACGGCUGAGGAUGCGGCUGCAGCGGCAGUCCAGCCUGGCCGGUCGUCGUGUUCAUUACCGGCACCGCCGUCCAUGGCGGAGAUGCUGGAGCAGAAGCUAGUGAACGCGGUGGGCUAUGAGCCGUUUGUGCUGACUCGGUGCAAGUCUGAGCCAAUGAGAACAGCCGCGGCUAAGCUAGCCCCAGAUAGUUGCUUUUGGAAAAACCGGAAGCUGGAGCCGCUGCGGCGCGCCUCAUUUGGCGUCGGCGCGGCUGGUGUAGGGUUUUAAGCUAUUUUAGUAUUAUUAUGAUUGAAGUCAAAACCAGAAAAGAACAAAAGACUUGUACAAGUGGGGUGAGCAUGUUGUACAUUUUUUUAGGAAUUUAGACUCAUAAUACACUUUUUUAGUAUAAUAAUCUGUAUGGAUUAUGGGAAGCUGUAUUGGGGGUAGACUAAAUGCACACCUAUAAUAUGUUAAACGACACCUACUUGUUGAUGUCAUCAUCAGACACAUCGACAUUAGUCAUCUCGGAAUCUUUGUUUUACAUUUUCAAUGU